AGGGCGUUGUGGAGACACCCUCCUCAUUCAUUCGCAGAGAAAAGUCUUUGUCCGAAAAUACGUAGACGGGUGUAAUGUAUCCUUAAGCGACCGAAAGAAAAAAAGGAAAAGGGCGUUUUGACUUGAUCCAAGUCAUAGAGCGAGGAUAGCCCCAAUAUGCGCAGAGAGUGGGCUCUGUGUAGACAACCGCAGACUCCAAAGAGAAGCUGAAAUCUACAUUGGCAACUACAACUUUCAAAGCCAUUCAGUUUUUGGACCACUUUGAUCGCUCAUGCACCCAACUAACUAGGGGUUUUAAAAAAAAGAGGUUUGUGCGCUUUCCCUAGCGCACAAAGAGGACAAACUAACAUUUGUGCAUCCCAGAGGUUUUAAAGUUGCAGUCUGUGUUUGAGGAAGACAUGGCCAAGUUAUUCCGAGCUGCUAUCAUGGGACCACCAGGAUCAGGAAAAGGAACGAUAUCCCAGAGGAUUGCCCAAAGCUUUGGCCUGCAAUAUCUGUCCAGUGGCCACUACCUACGAGAGAGCAUAGCGGCAAACACAGAGGCAGGUGUGCUGGUGAGGACCUAUGUAGAAAGAAGCAUGCUGGUGCCUGACCAUGUGAUGACAAGACUGAUGCUGCCCAGACUGGAACACCUGAUCGGCCACAGCUGGCUGCUGGACGGUUUUCCCCGGACUCUGUCGCAGGCCCAAGCCCUGAGCAAUUUGUGUCAGCUGGACCUGGUCAUCAGCCUCAACAUCCCCUAUGAGACUCUGAAGGAGAGACUGAGCGACCGCUGGAUCCAUCCAGUCAGUGGCCGAGUCUACAACAUGGGCUUCAACCCGCCACGAGUGCAGGGUAAGGAUGACAUCACUGGGGAGCCACUGAUUCAACACGAUGAUGACAAACCAGAAGCCCUGAUGGCCAGACUGAGACACUACAAAGAUGUGGCCAAGCCGGUCAUAAACUUAUACAAGUCACAGGGAAUCCUGCACUCAUUUUCCGGUACAGAUACGGACCGGAUUUGGCCUUAUAUUAACUCCCUCCUCAGCACCAAGAUGCACAUGCAGCCAUCAGAUUUCUUCCAAACCCAAACACCCUGACACUUUUCUGAAUGAAAAGAUCACAGGUACAUGUCAAGAAGCAGCCAGAGGAUGUGGGAAGAUGUUUCCACAUGCAGCUUUCAGUUUCCUUAAAAGAGAGGUUUAGAGAGACGAUAAGGAAAUCCAACAUGCUUGUUAUUCAAUCACCAGGUGGUUUUUCAAAUGAAUGGUCCAAUGCAAAUAUUUCAAGAGCUUAGUUGAUUGUGUUGAUUUCUGCAUUAUCACAGUGAAAGGUUCAAGGCAAUUUCAAAACUGAUCAUUUUUGUAAAUCAUAAUUUUACAUAAGCACUCACCAUCAAGCAACAAUGUUUGUGUUUUUUUUUUAAAUCUGCUAUAUUUCCUAUUGUUAUACAUUGUAGCUCAUUCAGGGAAGCUGUGGUAAAACCAAAGGUUAAAAGAAAAAAAGUAUGUAGAGAAGGAAGGAUUUCCUUCACUGUAGCUCUCCAGUAUCAAUAUUUUAUCACUGACGACAGAGGGGUAAGGUAGAAUAUUAAAUCAAAAACCAACAUUAAAUAUGUGCUACAAAACUUGAUAAAAUGAUUAGGAAAAUAAGAACGUUAAUGAAAGCAAACUUAGCAAAACAUAACUUAAAUAUGUUAUCUAUUUAUUUACAGAUUUGAUUAAUUACACUUUAUAUUAGUUGUUUAUAAUCAGGCAAACAAUAUCUUGUUGUUGCCUCUACAAAUAUACUUUAUCAUUUUGGAGUGAAACCCUUUAAUUACCCUUCAAUGUGUAUAUAACUGGGGAGUUGUAGAUUCAUUGAGCUGAAUACACAUUACAAAAUCAUUUUAUUAAAGUCAGUCUCACCACAGCCUUAACUGACAGAUUCACAGAGGGCAAAACUGACAUUAAUGCAUUGUGUCUAAAUCCAAAAUCAAUCUUGGACAGCCAUUAUUUGGUUCAUUUUUUUCUAAAACAUUGUGCAAGCCUGAGUGAACCAGUUUUUAUUGUGCACUGUACAAACAGCUAUUCUUUACUUUUGUACUGAAAUGCUAAAGAUUAUUAUGCAUUCUGCAACUGAUAACACACAGGACAAUUUACUGGGCUGGUGCUGGACUUGUACAAGACUCAAGAAUCCCUCACAAUCACUCUACAGCAAACUCUGGCUGGGAUGAAGACCAAUGCACAGAAUAUAGUGCCUUCAAUGCUGUUACUUUCCUAAGGUUGCCUUGAAAUUUUAAUCUUCAAAAUGUCAAAGAUUGUUGUUUAUAAAAUGUAAUGUUUUGCAGUGUUUGUUUAACUUUAAGAUAUUGCUGGAUAUAACUUUAGUAAGUAAUAGGAUUUGGAAGCAGAACAAGGUCAUAUAUGUAAAGGUCUUAUUUUGAGGUUUGUUUGAAUGUAGAAAGCACUGCUGCAGGGUGAACAGCUUGUAAAAUGUUAACCUUGUAGAUUUUUUAUAUUUUUUUGUAAGUGAUUUUUUUUCUGAAUGUUUGAUUUUAGUUCCCACCCUACAGUAUAGCUUCUGGUCACCUGAAGUUAAAAGAAGGGUGUCAUAUUUUCACCCAAUGGCACAGGAGUUUGCUUUUGGCAAUCACAUAAGCACACCAGUACCUAACUUGUGCAAUAAAGACCAACAACUGGG